AUGGACGGUGAUACUCUUGCGGUCGUGGGGCCGGCGCAGACUGGUGUCGUCCGGCCCGUUGAGACUGUGGUCGAUGCCCGCCGCAUCGAGGCCCCUGUCACCUUCAAGACGUACCUCAUGUGCGCCUUUGCUGCCUUUGGUGGUAUCUUCUUCGGUUACGAUUCCGGUUACAUUUCCGGUGUCCUGAGCAUGGACUACUUCAUCGAGACAUUCGAGGGUCUCGACAAGGCUACUACUCCCUCCGACAAAUUCGUUAUUCCCUCCUCCCGCAAGUCUCUCAUCGUCUCUAUUCUCUCCGCUGGUACUUUCUUCGGUGCUCUCAUUGCUGGUGACCUGGCAGAUUGGUUCGGCCGUCGCUUCACUGUCAUCGCUGGCUGCCUCGUCUUCAUCGUCGGUGUCGUUCUUCAAACCGCCUCCAGCAGCAUCGGUCUGCUGGUUGCUGGUCGUCUCGUCGCUGGAUUUGGUGUCGGAUUCGUGUCUGCCGUCAUUAUCAUGUACAUGUCCGAAAUUGCGCCCCGCAAGGUCCGUGGUGCCAUCGUCUCCGGCUACCAGUUCUGCAUUACCAUCGGUUUGAUGCUGGCCUCCUGCGUCGACUACGCCACUGAGCACCGCACUGAUUCCGGCUCUUACCGCAUCCCCGUCGGUCUGCAGAUGCUGUGGGCCGUCAUUCUGGCCACCGGUCUCUUCAUCCUCCCGGAGUCCCCGCGUUUCUUCAUCCGCAAGGGCAAGAAGGAGGAAGCCCGCGACGCUCUCGCCCGCAUCCGUGGCCAGCCCAAGGACUCCGAGUUCAUCGAGUCCGAGCUCAACGAGAUCGAGGCCAACUUCCUCUAUGAGAUACAGGUCACCCCCGAUGACGGCUACAUCAACAGCUGGCUCAACUGCUUCCGCGGUAACAUCUUCCACCCCAACAGUAACAUCCGCCGCACCGUCCUUGGCACCUCCCUACAGAUGAUGCAGCAGUGGACCGGCGUCAACUUUGUCUUCUACUUCGGCACCCCCUUCUUCACCCAGCUCGGCACAAUUCAAAACCCCUUCCUUAUCACCAUGAUCACCACCAUUGUCAACGUCUGCUCCACCCCGAUCUCCUUCUACGCCAUCGAGAAAGUCGGUCGUCGUCCCCUGCUGCUGUGGGGUGCUCUGGGCAUGGUUGUGUGCCAGUUCCUGGUCGCGAUCAUCGGCGUCACGGAUGGCCAGAACCCCAAGGCUGUCUCUGCCAUGAUCUCCUUCAUUUGCAUCUACAUCUUCUUCUUCGCCAGCACCUGGGGCCCCGGCGCCUGGGUCGUCAUCGGCGAGAUCUACCCCCUGCCCAUCCGUUCCCGCGGCGUCGCCCUCUCCACCGCGUCCAACUGGCUCUGGAACUGCAUCAUCGCCGUCAUCACCCCCUACAUGGUUGAUGCCGACCAGGGCAACCUGGGCGCCAAGGUCUUCUUCAUCUGGGGCUCGCUCUGUUCUUGCGCCUUCGUCUACACCUACUUCCUCAUUCCCGAGACUAAGGGUCUGACCCUGGAGCAGGUCGACAAGAUGAUGGAGGAGACCACCCCCCGCACAUCAUCCAAGUGGAAGCCUCACUCCACCUUUGCCGACGAGAUGGGUCUCACCGACGAGAAGUCAUCUGCUAUUCCCCAGGUUACUCAGCACGAGGUUUAG